AUGGCCAUCAACUCUGCGCCUGAGUCUUCGCUUCUCUCCCUCCUUUACCGCUCCUACCCCACCGCUGUUUCUCCCGAAGCAACGGAACCCGAUCUUCUGACGGCCUCUCCCAAGAUCUUCCCACAGACUACCUUUUCCGUGGCAGAAGAGGCAGACAUCAAGCAAUGGCUGCACACGAUCUCUGGGCUUCAGACGGCCCUUGUCAAGGAUAACAAGGAUGUGGCGUCGACUAUCCUUACCCAGCUUAACGCUCACCUGGCCACACGUACAACCCUGCUUGGCUCCAAACCUUCCGUUGCCGAUAUUGCGGCGUAUGCCCUCGUGGCCCCGGUGGUGGAAAAAUGGACACCAGAGGAACGCACGGGGGAGCAGGGACGCCAUCAUAUCGUGCGCCAUGUUGACUUUGUGCAGAACAGUCGACUGUUCGGCUUACGGAUCCCGGAGGAGGAGAAGGUUGCCAUUGACGUGAACGACGUGCGCUUUGUGCCCAAGCCUGUGGAUCCCAAGGAAGAGAAGGAGCGCAAGAAGAAGGAAAAAGCUGCUGCUCAGGGUACCGGUGCGGCUGUCGGCGACAAGCCCCUUGUCGUGGGACAGAGUAAGCCCGAACAGACCGCCAAGGACAACGAGGCUGGUGAAACACCCGUGGCUGAAAAACCCGAGGGCAAAACGAAUAAGAAGGAGAAAAAGGAGAAGAAAGAGAAGCCUCCCAAGCCUGCCCCUGCUCCUGCUGCACCUCCAACCCCCUCAGUUAUCGACCUCCGUGUGGGUCAUAUCCUCCGUGCGGUCAAUCAUCCCAAUGCCGACUCUCUCUUUGUUUCGACUAUUGACUGUGGAGAUGCCCCUGGCACCGAGAAUACUUCUCUGGACGAAGCCACUGGCAAGACCGUCCGGACCGUGUGCUCUGGCUUGAAUGGGCUUAUUCCGCUCGAGGAAAUGCAAGACCGGAAAAUCGUCGCCGUCUGCAACCUCAAGCCUGUCACCAUGCGUGGAAUCAAGUCUUGCGCUAUGGUUCUGGCUGCUUCUCCGCGUGUGGCUGAAGGCGAGGACUCGCAUGCGGGUCCCGUUGAACUUGUUAGCCCCCCGGCGGAUGCCCCUGCUGGUCAGCGUGUGUACUUUGACGGAUGGAGUGAGGGUGAGCCCGAGAAGGUGCUUAACCCCAAGAAGAAAAUCUGGGAAACAUUCCAGCCUGGAUUCACGACUACGGAGAACCUCGAGGUUGCAUUCGAAAGCGGUGCCGUUCCAGCUAUGCAGGGCCAGGAGGGCAAGCCUGCCCUAGGCAAGUUGCUGACCGGAGGUGCGGUUUGCACUGUCAAGAGCCUGAAGGGAGCCACUGUUCGGUAG